AUCGCUGUAGACAUCAGACAGGCUGUAGAUGUCCCGUCCCGUCCCGUCUGCAGCAGUCUGCCUCAGCACCUUGCCUGCCCGACAUGCCCUUGGAUAUUACCGGCCCGUCUCUUGCUAUAAACUACUGUAGAAAUAUAGAAACCACUAAACACUAACAGGACAUCGGAGUAGGACGGAGUGUACCUGGAUUUUUGACACUUUUACACUGCGACUGAUCUAAAGGAUUUUUAGUCGGUAUAUACUUUUUUGUUGUUGUACCGACUUUUCCCAAAUCGACGUGUAUGGAUGUAUCAUGGCUACGUUUGCAUGCAGGGUGCAGUUCUUAGAUGAUACUGAUCCAUUUAAUAGCACAAAUUUUCCGGAGCCGACCAGACCCCCACAUUUCACAUUCAGAGAGGAUAUUCCGCUCAUCAAUCAGAUCGCUGGAGUUCACAGACUUCUGAAAGCACCACACAAGCUCGAUGACUGUGCUUUACAGUUAUCUCAUAAUGGCAGUUAUCUGGACCUGGAAUCCACCUUGGCCGAGCAGAGAGAUGAACUGGAAGGCUUUCAGGAGGAUGGAGGGAGAGGAAAGAAGCACAGUAUUGUCCUGAGAACACAGCUGUCUGUCAGAGUCCAUGCCUGCAUAGAAAAGCUCUACAUCUCAACCGGACGUGAGCUGCGAAGAGCUCUGUUCUCUCUCAAGCAAAUCUUUCAGGAUGAUAAAGAUCUGGUGCAUGAGUUUGUGAUGGCUGAGGGACUCACAUGUCUGAUUAAAGUGGGAGCUGAGGCCGACCAAAACUACCAGAACUACAUCCUCAGAGCUCUUGGACAAAUCAUGCUGUACGUGGAUGGAAUGAAUGGGCUUAUCAGACACAAUGAAACUGUACAGUGGCUUUACACACUGGUUGGAUCAAAGUUCCGGUUGGUUGUUAAAACUGCUCUGAAGCUGCUGCUGGUUUUUGUAGAAUACACCGAGACCAACGCACCCCUCCUCAUCCAGGCUGUCAACACCGUUGACACCAAGCAAGGCUGUAAGCCCUGGUCCAAUCCCAUGGAAAUCCUGGAUGAGAAAGAUGGAAUGGACACUGAGCUGUUGGUUUAUGCCAUGACCCUUAUCAACAAGACAUUAGCUGGUCUGCCAGACCAGGACUCUUUCUAUGAUGUGGUGGACAGUCUGGAGGAGCAGGGCAUGGAGGCCGUGGCCAAGAGGCACGUCAACAGGAAGGGCACAGACUUGGAUCUAGUGGAGCAAUUCAACAUCUAUGAGUCAAUCCUUCGUCAUGAAGAUGGCGAUGAUGAGGCUCAGCCUUCUCCAUCUGGACAUAAAAGUCGGCGUCGGGCCAGCGUGGGGGCCACACCUGAGAGGCGGGGUUUGGAACGACGACGUAGCCGAAGACACUCGCUCCAAAAUGGGAAAGGCCACACUUCUGCUCCUACUUCCCCCUGCCACAGCCACACACCCAACAUCCUGCCCUUUAAUGGCCAGAGGAUUGAAGAUAUCAGUGAAAGAGAGGAGGAAGAGGAGGAGAAGGAUGAGGAGCUACAGAAAGCAGAGCUCUCUAGACAGGCAUCCGAAAGCUGGAUGGCAUCAACAGUAGAGGAAGCUUCUAGCUUGUGUUUGCCUUUAAAGUGCAUGGUCAACUUCAUUCCAAAUGCCGUUGAUACAGACAAUGAGGAAAACCUCCGGGACAGGUCUGGGAUUAAGAUUAUCCGCAAGGCCCCAGUGUCUUCCCCUCCUUUUACCCCUGAUUUUGGCCCCCCGAUAUCACCCAGACUGUCUUCUUGGGCUUCGGUCAGGUCCUUGGGGUCCCUCCCGUCCCAGGGUUCCUCUGUUACCUCCUCGGCCUCCACCUCCCCAAGCGAAGACCCACUGUCCCCUGUCCUCCCUCUGCUCUCUUCCACCCUUCUUCCUGCUUGCCCGGUGGAUUCGGACAAGGUUUCCGGGGGCACUCUGCAGGGUCGAGACCCAGACAAGCACUGCAGUCUGUCAGAUGUUAAGUACUCAAACACAUCAUGCAGUUCUUGUGGCAGCAAUGGCUAUGCAGGAACAUAUCCUGGCAGGUCAUCUGGGGUGUCCAGUGCCCCCUCCACACCCCACAACCGUUUGGGACCAUCUGGGGGCCCAGGACCGGACAGGCCGACUCUGGGGGGUUUGUUAACCUCGUCCUACAGGCAGCACCAGGACUCUCUGAAUGCAGAACGUGAGCGGAGGCGCCUGGAGAGAGAGGAAAGACUUCAGCGGAUUGAAAGAGAGGAGAGAAGCCGUUUCAAUCGGGAUUAUGUGGACAAGAGAGAAGAGGUCAAACAAGCACGAGAAGAAAGAUAUAAGCAAAUAGAGCGGCUUGCAGCAGAGGAAAAUGAAAGGGGACGUCCGAGGUCGACAACACGGGGGAGAACCGAAAUCACUCUUAGCCUGAGUUCACGAUCCUCCAGCAGCUCAUUGUCUCGUUCUGCUACCCCUUUGACUGUAGAGGCUCAGGAGGAGACACGCUCCGUCCAACAUCCAGCACAAGGAACUGAGUCCAAGACAAGCCAUCCUGUGCAGGCAGCAGUUGUGCAGCCUUACUGUGAGCCUCUCUCUGCCUCAGUGUCUGCGCCGGUGUCGCCUUCCAAACCAGAGGAGGAACAGAGCCCUGUGGAUCCAUCAGACGUCACCCUCUCUCUGGUUCAAACAAACUCUGAGACAGAGGAGAAAGCAGAGGAUGCUGAGGCAGAAGUGUGUGAGGAAACGGUGGUGAGUAGAAUGGAAUAUGAAAAGAAAGAAGAACCAGAAGGACACUUUGAGGAAGAAACUAACGGACUCGGUACAGAUGAGUGUGAGAGAGAGCAGAUGUUAGAUAGAGAUGUAUCAAAUGUCGUCCUGAGUGAGAAGGAAAGGCAGAAUGAGGAGCUGAAUGAGAAAGAUAACUGCUCUGCCUCCAGCAUCUCCUCAGCCAGCAGCACUCUGGAGAGAGAAGAACGAGAGGAGAAACACGUCAGCCACAGUGACUCAGGCCAGUGGGCAGACUGUAUGAAUACAGCGGACGCCAACGAUCAGUGCAACAAUGUGCUUAACAGCAAACGCUUCAUGCUGGACAUGCUUUAUGCCCAAAACAAAAAGGGAGAGGAAAAUGAGAAAGAAAAGGAGAAUGAGAAUGAGAAAGGAUGUUCAGAUCAGGACUCCUCUGUGUCUAGCCUUGCUAGUCGCAUUUCCACUCUGGAGGCGCAUCGGCAGGCAUGCGAGGAUAACAUGAAGAAACUGGAAGUGGAGCAUCUCGAUAACCAGGGUAGCGUGAGGGCUGUGGCUGAGAAAUUUGGAGAUUUGGUGAAAGGACUGGUAUUGCCUCAUGAGUUGGAGCAUUCUGGAAAGGAAAAGCAGCAAGCACAGGAAAAGCCUCCACCAGCUCCUUCACCAACACCCCCCAAAAAGGAGUCAGACCACAUAUGGGACCAGCUAAUGGCCAUACCACGUGAACUUCGAAUCAAAGAGCUGGACUUCACAGACUUGGGAGAGGAGGAUGAUGUGGACAUUUUGGAUGUCAGUAACGUGAUCGGGACGAGUGAUCUCACGCAACCUCAUCCUCCUCCCUGCCUUCCACCUCCACCACCUUUAUUUGGAUGCCCUCCACCUCCCCCUAUCUCUGGCAUGAUGAUGCCCCCUCCACCACCCUUUUUGCCUUCUAUACCUCCCCCACAUCUUGGAUCUCCUCAGCUUAGUCGAGGAGAACCCCCGCUCUUCCAGAAAAAGAAGAAGACCAUUCGGCUGUUUUGGAAUGAGGUUAGACCUAUAGACUGGCAGUACAACAACCACAAGAGAUGCAGGGAGUCACUGUGGUCAAAACUGGAUCCGGUCAAACUGGACACGGCCAAGUUGGAAAACCUCUUUGAGACGAAAUCCAAGGAGCUGCCAGUUACAAAGAAAACGGCAGCAGAUGGGAAGCGUCAGGAGAUCAUCGUCCUGGAUUCCAAGAGAAGUAACGCCAUCAACAUUGGCCUGACGGUCCUGCCGCCUCCUCGCACCAUCAAAACAGCGAUCCUCAACUUCGACGAGUACGCCUUGAGCAAAGAGGGCAUAGAGAAAAUCCUGACAAUGAUUCCAACGGAGGAGGAGACGCAGAAGAUUCAGGAGGCCCAGCUGGCGAACCCCGACACUCCGCUGGGCAGUGCAGAGCAGUUCCUCCUCAUUCUGUCCUCCAUCAGUGAGCUGUCUGCCCGCUUGCAACUUUGGGCCUUCAAGAUGGACUAUGAUGGUUUAGAGAAGGAAGUAGCAGAACCACUACAGGACCUAAAGGAGGGCAUGGACCAAUUAGAAAAGAAUAAGACGCUGCACUACAUCCUUUCAACUCUGCUAGCUAUUGGCAACUUUCUCAACGGGACCAAUGCUAAAGGCUUUGAGCUGAGUUACCUAGAGAAAGUUCCUGAGGUGAAGGACACCGUUCACAAACAGUCUCUAUUGCAUCACGUCUGCUCCAUUGUCGUGGAGAAGUUUCCAGACAGCUCAGACCUCUACUCUGAGAUAGGAGCCAUCACUCGCUCUGCUAAGGUGGACUUCGACCAGCUGCAGGAAAACCUAUGUCAGAUGGAGCGCCGCUGCAAAGCAUCCUGGGACCACCUGAAGGUCAUCGCCAAACAUGAAAUCAAACCAGCCCUUAAGCAGCGCAUGUCGGACUUCCUUAAAGACUGUGCAGAAAGAAUUAUCAUCCUUAAAAUUGUGCAUCGCCGCAUCAUAAACAGGUUUCAUUCAUUCCUGCUGUUCCUGGGCCACCCACCGUAUGCGAUAAGAGAGGUGAGCGUUCACCGCUUCAGUAAGAUUCUGAGUGAGUUUGCACUUGAGUACCGCACCACCAGAGAGCGAGUACUGCAGCAAAAACAGAAACGAGCCAAUCAUCGCGAGAGGAACAAGACCCGGGGCAAAAUGAUCACCGAGAGUGGGAAGUUUGCAGGCGCUCCUCUGGAGGGUCAGGAGUGUCCGCCACAGGGUUUGGGCUACACAGAGGACGUAGCUGAACAUGAGCAGAUGACUGCAGUACUGCGCACCAGCCUGCAGGGCGGAGACAGUCCCUCAUCUGUUCUCCCUGGCCUCCGCACACGGACUCGAGCCACUCGAGGCCAUACGGCACUUUUGUCUGCUGCAAAUGAAGACACUUCUAAUUGCACAAAUGAUACAGCAGAUGAGAUCAUGGAACGGAUUGUGAAAUCAGCAACUCAGGGCCCCAGUCAGCGCACACAGCCCCGCGAGAGGAGACGCUCCAGAGCCAACCGCAAAUCCUUAAGAAGAACACUGAAGAACGGUCUUACGCCAGAGGAGGCACAGGCGCUAGGAUUGGCCAGCAGCUCUGAGAUGCAAGUGUGAGACAGCAUACGCUCAGGGUCUCAGCCCAAACACACACACACGAGCUGGAACAGGUCGCUUUAGCUCCAGUUUGCUUUAUUCUAGAUCUGGAGCAUGUUCCUGGGUUUGUGUUUAACUGUUUUACGAUGGUUAUUGCUGUGGACAGUUCAUAUUCUCACAGGUGAAAGGGAUUAUAAUCACUAACCCAUAUACUUAACCUUGGACGUGUAAUCAGACCUUACUCCAUUUACUAGCUUCACCUACAUUUGCAUAUUGUCAAGGUGGUCUAAGAGAAUAAUGAAAACCACUCCAGGUACAUGUCCACUGUUCCUGCUCUGUACUUGUGGACUGUUAACAUGAUAUCCCAAACAUCCAUUUUAAUGCAUUUUUGAAAGAGAACAAGCACAGUUGCAGCACAACGUUUGUAGAUGCUCUCUCACACACACACACAAACACACACACA